GAUGAAAAGGGAGAUCGGGAAGACUUGACUUCACUUUAUUGCUCGACGACUGCACAAAGCUCACUUCGCGACGCUUCGCAGUUCGGUCCCUCAAUAACCCAAGAUGCGUGAAUGUAUCUCAGUCCACGUCGGCCAGGCCGGAGUCCAGAACGGUAAUGCCUGCUGGGAGCUCUACUGCCUUGAGCACGGCAUCCAGCCCGAUGGCCAGAUGCCUUCGGACAAGACCUUAGGAGGUGGUGAUGACUCCUUCAACACCUUCUUCAGUGAGACUGGAGCUGGCAAGCACGUUCCUCGAGCUGUCUUUAUCGAUCUUGAACCAACUGUAGUAGAUGAGGUCAGAACGGGUUCAUACCGCCAGCUCUUUCACCCUGAGCAGCUGAUCACCGGCAAGGAGGAUGCUGCCAACAACUACGCCCGUGGUCACUACACCAUCGGUCGGGAACUCAUAGAUAUUGUCCUUGAUCGCAUCAGAAAACUGGCUGACCAAUGCACGGGUCUUCAGGGAUUCCUCAUCUUCCACAGUUUCGGCGGCGGUACCGGUUCUGGAUUUUCUUCCCUGCUCAUGGAGCGUCUCUCCGUCGAUUACGGAAAGAAGUCAAAGCUUGAGUUCGCUAUCUACCCAGCUCCACAGGUCGCCACUGCUGUCGUCGAGCCAUAUAAUGCCAUCCUGACAACCCACACCACCCUCGAGCACUCCGACUGUGCCUUCAUGGUUGACAACGAGGCCAUCUACGAUAUAUGCCGUCGUAACCUCGACAUCGAGCGUCCCACCUACACCAACCUGAACCGUCUCAUCGGCCAGAUUGUCUCCUCUAUCACUGCUUCUCUGCGAUUCGACGGCGCCCUCAAUGUCGAUCUUACUGAGUUCCAGACCAACUUGGUGCCGUACCCACGGAUCCAUUUCCCUCUGGCUACCUAUGCCCCAGUCAUCUCUGCUGAGAAGGCCUACCACGAGCAGCUGACCGUCGCAGAGGUCACCAAUGCCUGCUUCGAGCCUGCCAACCAGAUGGUUAAAUGCGAUCCUCGUCAUGGCAAAUACAUGGCUUGCUGUCUUCUUUUCCGUGGUGAUGUCGUUCCCAAGGAUGUCAACGCCGCCAUCGGUAACAUCAAGACCAAGCGUACCAUCCAGUUCGUUGACUGGUGUCCAACUGGCUUCAAGGUCGGUAUCAACUACCAGCCACCCACCGUCGUUCCUGGUGGUGAUCUCGCCAAGGUUCAGCGUGCCGUCUGCAUGUUGAGCAAUACCACCGCCAUCGCCGAAGCCUGGGCACGUCUCGACCACAAGUUCGAUCUGAUGUACGCCAAGCGUGCUUUCGUCCAUUGGUACGUCGGAGAAGGUAUGGAGGAAGGAGAGUUUUCUGAGGCCCGUGAAGAUCUUGCUGCUCUUGAGAAGGAUUACGAAGAAGUUGGUGUCGAUUCCACAGAAGGAGAUGAAGGAGAGGAGGAGCCCGAGGAAGAAUAUUAGAAUUUUUUUUCUAUCAAUUGAGAUUAUUUGCUUCAAUAUUUUGUUUAAUCUAGAUAAAUCACCCAUUACAAAUAUUUAAUGAAAAUGAUAUAAUCAAUAAUUUGACAAAGCACCUACUUGAGAACCCAUUUAAUAAUAUUUCUUCGAAAGAUUUCACCGUAUUCAGUAUUUCAAAAACACAUAAAUUCAUUGUUGCCAUUUGCAAUAUACAUAAUUCUUUAUUAUAGUCAUUAUCCAUUUUAUCCUUUAUCUCAGGAAAUUUUCUUCACUGCAUUUUCUCCCCCUUGAACAGUAAUAUACCAAGGACAUACGAAAAAAGAGUAAAAGCUAAAAUCACAACUGCACUAUUUUCAGUUCGACACCAUAAAUCGAAUGAGCAUGUAGCCUAUAUAUUUAAAAAAAACACAAUCAUCUAAGGAUAUUUUGAUAUAUCGAUGUAAUAAGAAAGAAAUGUAACAGACACCUUGUGAAAAAAAGGUGAGGCCAUUAAACAAAAAUGAAAUAAUUAGUCAUUGUAACCCAGUGCAGACUUCAACCAACAUUCCAAGGUGUUACGCAAUGAUUGUAAAGACAGCACUCUCUUCUUGCCUGCAAAUCAUUAUAAGUUAUAUUAUUGUUGAGUUAUUUUUUAAAUUAUGAUAUCAUUUAUUUUACCUUUUCUACUCUUCGAAUGUAGCUGUAGAGAUGUGAAAAAGGCCAAUAAAGAUAAU